GUCAGCAUGGAGAAGAGGAAAGCCGAGAGAGAAGCAAUGCUUUCAGAGAGAUGAAGCUUUUAGGAUGGCGGACGAAUCGCUCACGGUGUUUUUAAAACUGUUUGCCGCUGGAUUUUAUGGGAUUAGCUCGUUUCUCAUCGUUGUCAUCAACAAAAGUGUCCUGACGAGUUACGGAUUCCCUUCGUCAAUAUGUGUCGGUAUAGGUCAGAUGCUGGCCACCAUCGUUGUAUUGUGGGUGGGAAAGGCUGUAGGGGUGAUCACCUUCCCCGACUUCGAUCGAACUAUACCUCGAAAGACAUUUCCACUACCUCUCCUCUAUGUUGGGAAUCAAAUAACUGGACUGUUUGGAACAAAAAGGCUCAAUCUGCCCAUGUUUACAGUCCUGAGGAGGUUUUCCAUUCUCUUCACAAUGCUUGCAGAGGGCUUUCUUCUGAAAAAGAAGUUUUCUCGAUCUGUCCAGCUCACAGUCUUCACCAUGAUCCUGGGGGCUUUUGUAGCUGCAAGUGCUGACUUGGCGUUUGACUUGGAAGGAUACGUGUUUAUUCUGUUGAAUGAUGUCUUGACAGCAGCCAAUGGAGCCUUUGUAAAGCAGAAGCUCGACUCGAAGGAGCUGGGAAAGUAUGGCCUGCUGUAUUACAAUGCUGUAUUUAUGAUCCUACCGACCCUGCUCCUGGCUCAGGUCACUGGCGAUGUUGACAAGGCUUUGAACUUCCCAGCUUGGUCAGACAUGAUGUUUGUUGGCCAGUUCGUUUUAUCUUGCAUCAUGGGGUUCAUCCUGAUGUACUCCACAGUACUGUGUACACACUACAACUCUGCACUUACAACAACCAUCGUUGGCUGUAUAAAGAACAUAUUGAUCACAUACAUCGGAAUGGUGUUUGGAGGGGACUACAUCUUCUCAUGGACCAACUUCAUCGGUCUUAACAUAAGCAUCGCGGGCAGCUUGGUGUACUCUUACGUGACCUUCACAGAAGACCAGAGCAGCAAGCAGAGUGAAAGUGGAGGCAAGUUGGAGGCCAAGGGGAAGACGGCGGUGUGAGAAGUACACUGGAGGACUCUGUUUACCAUAUAGCAGAGUGUACGCAUGAACUUUGUGUUCUUUUUGUCCCCUUUUCGACAUCUUUUCCUAUCACCUUCUUGUUUUUGUUUUUUUCUCUUAUCCUGGUGCUGGUAUCAUCUCCGUUGGUGAGUGACGUCACGUGCGCACAGCGAGCAGCAUGGUGCACGGACAAUUUAGAGACAAAGCGGACAGACGAAGCUUGUCUGUCCAAUACUGCCAGAUGUUUCGAAGAGACGUGAACUGUUUUCAGAGAAGAAUGAAUAUGGUCACUUUUGUUGGCCCACUCGUCUUCCUGCAGGAAAAAAAGAGCAGGAGAACAGGUGUUUGUUUUCCCCCUUUGUUGCCUCAGGCUGUGUGUGUCUCUGUCUGUCUGUCUGUUUGUCUGUCUGUAUGUCUGUAUGUAUUCAUGUCUGUCUGUUUUGUGUUUUUACACGUUACACCAACAUCUUUGUUACUGUUUUGUUACUUGGUAAUAUUUUAAAAGGUAGUUUUAUUCUUUUCUUUCUGAUAACUUGGUCAAUGCUAUUUAAAAGGGAGAGAUGGUGGCCUGAUAGUGCCAUGUUUGUGGCAAACAGUCACCAAAAGGGCUUGAAAUCAUUUAUUUCCUUAUCAGAACUCCUUCAAGUCCGCAUUAGCUGGAAUUUGAGGUAGUCAUUUCUUUGUAUUUGCGAUGUGGAAAUGAAUGUUCUUGGUGAGCUCAUCUGCGAUGAACUGCUCAAGAGGUUGAAUGUUGGGUCAGAACUCCUCAAAAUGUCAUUUUCAGUAUUAUCAUAUCUAUCAUGAUAUUUUGAUGGGAGCUGUACCCUAAUCUUUUUUUAAAACAUGUUUGGAGAAGUUUAAUAUGGUUGCGCUAUUUUAUAUUUUAUUUUAUCUGUAUUCUGGAGUAUUUUAUUUUGGUACAAAUGGUCUGUCAAUUGCACUUUCACAGUUUACUGAAGCCUACGUCAGUGGUGUUUUAUAUAGUGAGUAUGGGAAAGUAAGUAUACAGUAAAUAGAUAUAUAGAUUUGCCUUAACCUAUAGCAACACAUGGGAGGCAUUGUACGGCUACCUACAUUUGUCUCAGAAUCAUGAUGUGACUGACUGGAUAGGCCUAUUUAUUAUUAUUUCUUAUUUUUGGACUGUAAUCAAUGCAGAAUCAAUUUCCCAAUCCAAGGCCCCAUCCCACACUCCUCACACAAUUUAACAUUAUAAUGGGUUACACAAUGUUGGGAUUGGAUAACAUUGUUACAUUUUUAUACAUUUACAGUUCUCCAAUGUUGGUUUCUUUCCUUUUUUUCCUUGGUGUUGUUAAGGCAAAAACAUGGUCCUGAAAAAUUUGUUCAGAGUACUUGAACUUCAUGUCACGGUUUUAAAUGCUCAAUCUGCACAGUCUGUUCAAAACAGUGCUAUGGAGAUAGGCUUGCUUUGAACAGUUGAUCAGAUUUUGCAUGUCAAAACAAAAAAUGGCCUUGGUUUUACUCUUCUUUUUACUAAGAUAGUCUCUUUUGGUACAGAGGUCUUUUUUAUAUUGUGAUGAAUGAAGUGCACUCCGUGUGUUCCUUUGUGAUUGUAACAUCUGUUGAUCUGAUUGCUUGAUGCGCAGACUAUUGGAACGUGUGUACUAAGUGCUGAAGUAAAAAAAAAAAUACCUCAGUAAAACAACUCUUUGGUGUGAU